AGUUGAUCAAAGACAUUUUAGACCAAUUAGAUAAGCUGAUUAUAGUUGCACGUCAUUCAAGUCAUAAGACAAAUUAGAAAACUUCUUCCUUAAUCUCAUACCACUUAAUAUGACAGUUGGAAGCUCAGUCGAUCUACCGCCACUUGAGACGGCAAUCAACUGCGGAGUCACUGCUAUAUCCAGAACAACGGAAAGUGUCGACGAAGCUUCAAAAUUACUUUCAAUUGCUCUCACAAAGUUCAGACAUAUUACAGACGACUAUGCGAGAGAAUACUAUGAAAAGGCAUUCAAUUGGGACGAAAUAGAGUUACCAUUGGAUGUUGAGAAAGAAUUUUACUGUGUUGUUUUUAGAUCAAGAAGGAAACCGGAUGUUGACACUGACCUCUACACUGCGGACAGACUAGCACAUGAAGAAGCUGUGGAAGCAAGUCAAGGAAACUUAUUAAUGUAUUGGUUUGGUAGCGCAUCAACUGAGACAAGAGAAUGUUUGGCAACUUGUAUUUGGUCCUCUAGAAGCUGGGCGCAACGUACGUCAAAAUUACCGAAACAUGUACAAGCAGCCAAAUUAUCCAAGGAUGUCUACGAGUCGUUUGAACUUGAAAGAUACAGUCUUAUUAAGAAACUCGGAACACGAAAACUCAUCUUAAGAAAGCUCUAAAUAACUUAUAUUUAUUGAUUCUACUGAUAAUAAUUGUAAUUCUACCUUCUUUUUAC